AUGAUGACUGGCACGAGUGAGAUUGUGGAGUCUGUAGAAGGGGACUGUGAAGGCAGAGUUGAUGACCAUUGUCAAAAGUAUCACGCAUCGAUGCCUAGGCAGAAGUAUUUCAUAGAGGAAGACAUCAACAAGCUUUUUGAGGCAAUAGAAAUGAGGAAUUCUCUCCGAGUUCAAGGUCAAGAAAAGGGCCAUUCCAAAAAUGCAUUGGAUAAGAGUGCCAUGAAAAGACCAAUGAGAGUAGCUUCCCCUCAAGCAUCUGGAAUCGGAAUUUCAGAGUCCACGAGUUUAAAGCAGGCACUGAGAGGGUUAUGCAUUUCGCAGGCAUCUGAGAUGGCUACUUUAAAGAAGCGUUUGGCGAAAACAGGAAUGUCUAGGCAUUCAGAAGCAGGAACUAUAACGAGACUUUAUAGAGCUGUGGUUGUUGAGGAAAAUCAAUCGGGUCAUCCGCUUAAUGAAGGUCGAGGGGAUCUGGUGGAGAUAUCCCUUGUUCCAGAAUGCAGCACAUCAUUGACUCCUUUGGGCAAUAAGUGUACAAGGGAGCACAUAAACAAGGUAACACAAUCAAAUUGUGAAGCUAGCUCCUCUAGUAAUUCAGCAAAUAAUGUCAGACAAAAGGAUAAGACUGAAACAAUAGCUAAAGAUCAGACAGGUCCAAGUAGUAUUUGUAGUGACCUUUCUGAUACAGAGUCUGAGCAUAGUGAAAAACAGAUACGACAUUAUUCUUCCAUUGGCCCUGUAACUGAAAGGAAACUUGAGGUGCUAGAUGAGCUUAUUCCGGUGUCAACUGAUGUUCCAGGUGCAUCUAUAUGUCUUGAGAAGGAGCAGAAAGAAAGGUUUCCACCUGCUUCUUGUUCAUCGAUCCUAAGUGGAACUAAAGCCAUCAAAUUUGCAGCAACUGGUCAACGCUUAAUGAAGCCACUAUUCAGAAGCAGGACUUUUAGUACCAAAAAAUCCAUGUCAAGUAAAUCCACUCUUUCGGCUGGUUCAUCUCCAUGUAAUACUGAAGAUGUUUGUCAUACUUCUAACUCUGUUAUGAAGGAUGGACACGAAGAAAAUGUAGGUUCUCCAGAAGUAUACAGUGCUGGGGCAGAAAUGGAGGUCAGCUCCAAGUUCAUGGAUUUUAGUGUUAGUAAAUCAAACAGAAGUCCAUUUCGACCGGUUUAUGAAAGCUGUAGCUCACGUGAAAGGGGAGAUAUCUCCCAAAGCUCAAAAAGUAGCAUUGGAGAUUAUAGCAGUACCACGACCUCCAGUGAAGAAAGCUACCUGAGUAGGUCGAAUCGUAGUGGGUACAGGCCUCAUAUGGCGAAGGACUUGAGAUGGAAUGCUAUUCAUUGCAUCCAGAAGCAGUAUGGAAACCUUGGAUUGAGACAUUUUAAGCUUCUUAAAAAGCUUGGUGGUGGGGAUAUAGGGAAUGUUUAUCUUUCUGAGCUAAUAAGCACGAGCUGCUUAUUUGCUGUGAAAGUGAUGGAUAAUCAUUUUCUCGCUAGCCGUAAAAAGAUCAAUAGAGCUCAAACUGAACAAGAGAUACUUCAAAUGCUUGAUCACCCGUUUCUCCCUUCUCUCUAUGCGCACUUUAGAACCGAUAAGUUCUCUUGCUUAGUUAUGGAAUACUGUCCAGGUGGAGAUCUGCAUGUUCUGCGGCAAAAACAACCAUGCAAAAACUUUUCUGAACAAGCAGCCAGGUUUUACAUUGCUGAAGUUCUUCUGGCAUUGGAGUACCUUCAUAUGCUUGGAGUUGUAUAUCGGGACUUGAAACCUGAAAAUGUUUUGGUCAGGGAAGAUGGCCACAUCAUGCUCACAGAUUUUGAUUUAUCCCUCAGAUGUUCUGUGAAUCUGACUUUGCUUAAAUCAUCUUCUCCUGUUGUGGAGCCUCCAAAGAGGAUGCCAAGUCCUAACUCGGAGUCCAGCUGCAUCGACCCUUUCUGUUUGCAUCCCUCCUGGCAAAUGUCAUGUUUCAAUCCCAGAUUUCUUUCUGCAGCAGCCAAAACCCGUAAGCUAAAAUCUGAGUUAGCUACACAGGUCAGUCCCCUACCGCAGCUUAUAGUGGAGCCGACUAAUGCACGAUCAAAUUCCUUUGUGGGGACACAUGAAUACUUGGCACCAGAGAUCAUAAAAGGUGAAGGUCAUGGGAGCGCUGUAGAUUGGUGGACCUUGGGAAUUUUUGUGUAUGAGCUUUUGUAUGGCAAGACACCAUUCAAAGGGCAAAGCAAUGAUGAUACAUUAUCUAACAUUGUAUCUCAAUGUCUCAAGUUUCCGGCGAGCCCCAAUGUCAGUUCGAAUGCUAGAGAUUUAAUCCGACGUUUGUUGCAGAAGGAGCCUGAAAACAGGCUCGGUUCAGAGAAAGGUGCUGCUGAGAUUAAGCAGCAUCCCUUCUUUGAAGGCCUGAAUUGGGCUUUAAUCCGAUGUGCCGUUCCUCCAGAGGUGCCAAAAGUUUGUGAGUUUGGAACAGUAACUCCGAACUUGGCUUCACAAGAUAAGGAGAAUGGAAAGAGUGGUAAAGAAAAAGAAUGUGGGACAAUAGUAGAAGAUAUAGUGUUUGAUAUGUUUUAG